GUGUCAAGAUGGCGUCCUUUUAUUCCGAGCGAGGCAGCUGGGAAAACAAAGCGGGUAGCGAGGAAUUAUCUUUUGCAGUAUUCCGAAAGGAUUCCUCAAAAGACUGUUAGUGCAGGUAAGUUUGUACUUCAUCUAUUUAUUGGGUAUUUUAGAUGUUCUUCACUUAAAUAUCUUUUGCUGUGAAAAACGAAUUUUGCUAUCGUGAUUCAGUCCCCAUUGAAAGAUACAUUUUUAAGUCUGCCAGGAAGCAUAUGCUGCGCUUACCGUUGAAGCGUGUACCUAGUUGUUCUUAAAGUGCUCUUUUAAAAAUAAAUAUUCCUUAUUCAUUGCUCAGUGUCAGUGGUUAAAGUUCGUUUCAAUUUUGCACUAUCAAGAGGUCGAAAAAGGAAUUAGUGCAUCUAAUAUAAAAAGUUCAAACAAUUCCCGGCCUUUGACCCGAGUAGACAGAAAGGAAAUUGAGUGCCUGGCUGAUCCGCCCUGGAUUGCUGACUGGAGUGGUUGUAUAUGUUACAGGUCAAAAUUAAAUUCAGGUUAAAUUUUUUAAACUUUGGUCGAUUCUCAAUUUCGAACCAAUUUCCUUUGUCUCCUAGCCUACCCCGUGAGUAGAGGCUACAUUUUCGCAGUAUGAGCUGGCGUGCGAAAAGUACUAAUUUUAUUCAUGAAUUAGGGCUAGGAAAUAAAUAAAACUGAGAAUUGACCUAGGUUAAAAAAGCUUAAAAACUUUUAUCUUGCAUUUAAUUUCGACCUGUAACAUAUAACAAAAUGCAAAUUAAUUAUCAACAAACAAAAUAGUUUUAAGUGUCAGGAGUGCGCUUAUACAGGAGUCAAUAAAGUAUAUUGAUAUUGGAGCGGCCAGAAACAUCACUGGCAGAUCCAGGGGAGGGGCCCGGGGGACCCGCCCUCCCUUAUUUUUAGAACCAAACUGAGGCCUAAAGGGUGGAAAAAAUUUUUUUUGGAGACCGGCCCCCUCAGUAUCCCCCCCCCCGCCCCAUCUCAAGGUCUGGAUCCGCCACUGAACGUUGAGUUUGUUAUACAUGUAAUUUAAGUUAAAGUAGACUGAUGGAACUGGAUUUAGUCUUGAACAUUUAUUGCUACUCAGUGUUACAUGCCUGUUUUUCAGCAAUCAUCACGCAAUUUUUAAAUUGCCUGAUGGUGUGGAACUUAAAAGUUCCGCAUUUUCUCAGGGCUACAAGGUCUGGUUUUACAUGCCACAGUCAGGUUGCCUAAGAGGCUUCUUGCCUGAAGUUAAAUUAAUUUGAAGCUGUUGCUUUACACUAUGCAAUCACUCUCUUUAUGUUACUUGUCGCUUUUAAUACACAUAAUGUCCUUCCAAGACAUUGUGGCUACAUGUUGAAGCGUAAAUUAACUGUGGGAUUUGAGCGACAUCCCAGUGGGGGAACUCAUUUUAGGGUAAAAAAUGUUUUAAUAAUUUUUUUGGGUGACUUAUGGUUCAUUGAUGAUUCAGUUCUGUAGCCUGAAUAUUCCAGAUAAUGAUCAUUAGAGAAGCUGUUUUUCAGUGGCUCUGGCACAAUCUCAUUGCCAACAGCCACUAGACAUGUACAAAGUUAUGAAUCUUUAAAAGAAAUGUUUGAAAAAUGUUUUCUAUUUUUUAAAGAAAAGUUUUGUUUUAAAUUAUUAUUAAUGUAAUUCAAAUUAUCUUGACAGCUAAACAUUCUAAUGCUUAGUUGCACUGUAUAAAUAAUUGAUGUUUUAUUAUUAUUAUUAUUGUUAUUAUUAUUAUAAUUAAUGAUAUGACUUACUCUUUUUAAGUACUAUUAAAGUUUAUAAUGAGGUCAUUUCUAUGCACUGGGAGUAACCCCGCUCUCUACUUUAAACUUCCUUCUCGGCAUUUUCUUUUGGGCAAAUUAUUUUUGUAAUAGAAGUCACUUGUUUGUCCACAUUGCUAUCCUAAUCCUAGUCAAGUGGUCUUCAAUUUACUGCGCUUUUCACAAACAUGCGAAUUGUGAAGUUCAAAAGCCAACUGACGAUUGCAUUUUUCACUGCUGUCAAUCAACUUAACGGACCUCUUAGGAAACAAAACUUUACUUUAACGGGUUGAAAAGGUCAUGGUUUGUGAUUUGUGAUUGGUGGAUUUCGAUCCAUUUUGUGUGUUUUUGUGUUUCAAGGUUCGUUGCUUGUGAUCGUAAUUAUGAUUGACGGCAGCAAAAAACACAAUCGUGAAGGUGGCUUUUGAACUUAAGAGUUUGCAUUUUUGUAAAAAGCUCAGUAACAGUCAUAAACAACUUGGACAUCUAACUUGUGCAAAGGGGAAGAUACCUUUUGAACCAUAACCAUACCCAUGAUUCAGCCACACAGGUUUUAAGCAAAAUGUAAAACAAAAACACAUUUUAAAGUGUCAACUUAAAAAUUGACUUGAAAAUUCCAAUGCCAGUUGAGGAGAUAAGACAGGAACCAAGGCAUGACCAAUUAGUGUAUUAAGACUUUUGUAAUCAAACAAGAGAAUCACUAAUAGUCAAGUAACAGGAACAGUAUGGCAGAUGCCAGGCUACGGCAUGCUGAUAGGUAAUACAUGGAUAUGUAGCUUCUACAUAUGCCCAAACUUUGGGAGCUGAUAUUUUUCAUCAGGAAUAGAAUGCAGCAUUAGGCAGCAUUAUGGGAAGUUUUGUUUCUUUUUGGCCAGACUGUAACCAGAAAACAGGUUGACUAGCCUCAAAGUGGAUUUUUCAGCAAAAGUUCUAGGAAUAAGUAAGUCUAAGUGGCUUAUUGAUUGGCCAUUACCAGAACUUGGUCAUUAUGUUUGGAUACCACUUAGCAAUGGUUCACUGGAUGGCAAGCCAUUCAAGCGUUCAUUCCAAUCACAAAUCUUUGAAUGUGUUUGAGCAAAGAGUUUCUCUAUUCUUCUCUGUUGAAAAUUAACCAAAAUGACUGGACUAGAAGACUUAAAAGAUAUUUGAAUUAACAUAAGAAGGCUUCACCCGAUCCCACUCAUAGCUUUGUAAUCUGAAAUGCUUAGAUGGCUGGCCAUUAAGUGAGCCAUUGCUAAGUGGUAUCCAAUCACGUGACCAAGUUCUGCAUAGGGUUAAUUAUCUACUUAAAAUUAUAUUGCAAAUUUCUUAAAACCUUGCACCAAUACAAUAAGGGUGGUGGCUAAUCAUGCACAAUAAAUGAAGAAAAUAAGGAACCUCUAUGUACCCGUGUAACAAAUGCAGAUGAAACUGUUGCAAAGAACUGAAAAAAUAGAUGUAAUUAAUGCCAUGAAUUAAAGUUAAAAGAUUUGUCUUUUAAAAAAAUUGACGAGAAGGUGCUACCUUUGUUAAAUGUCUGCAAAUGGUUAGACCUUGUUGGACAUUAAGGACAAGAAAAACAGUAGGCCAGGCUGUCUCACAGUGCUUUUACUGAUCUGAUUCUGUGGGUCGCAAAAGAACAUUCAAUCACUGAUCACUUAGCAAAUGGCAUCAUCUGUCUCAAGGCAGCACUUUUCUUAGAGCCAAACUCAUUUGUGUUGGUUCUGCCAUGUUAAUGCAGUUAAACUGUUCUAAAUCAUUGUUUUCUUUUUAUAAUAAUAAACUUAGUGUAUUUGUAGGGAAACAUGUACAUGUAGUUAUCUUGAAAGAAUCUAGGUACCUACAUUACAUGUUUUUUAGGUUCUUGGUUAUAACAGGUGAUGAUAAAUAUAAAAUUCUCCAUUUUUUGUUUAUGGUGGUAAUGAGGGUUACCGAAAAUGCUUCAAUUACCUUAAAUGUUUUCUUUUUGUAUAAUUUUCAUUUUGCUAGUUGUGUUUUACAUCUCAAACUCAAACAGAAAUUAUAAUAAUAAUAAUAACAACAACAACAACAGCAAUGAUAAUAAUGAUGAUAAUAAUACUAAUAAUAGUUAAAUAUGCAUGACAUCUUGUUGUUAAACUAUAGCGCAAUUUGUAAAAGAAAAAUAGUGUUGCAUUGCUGACAUGACGAAGAGUACAUGUAUCGAUUCAAGGAGCCUUUGAAAAGUUUAUUGAUAGUGGUCUUCUUUUUGCUUUCUCUUUACAGGGAAAGAUACCAUGGCAAAGCAGUCUGAUCACAUAGUUGCUCUCACUGACAUCGCCAGUGGUAAUGAAAUCGGUAAAAAUGAACCAAUUUCAGUGAAAUGUGAAGAGGAUCCGCUUGAGAGUGCCGAAGCCACUAAAAAGUCAAAAGGUUGUAGGCAUGAAAGAAUCGAAACCGUGGGCAGUGAUAUAACGGAAGGAUCAUCAAAGGUGGAUCAG